GUGUGAGCCGGGACCGGUAUAACUAAGUGUAAUGGGCAAGAGAAAAGAUGGCAGCCCCAUCGCUCCCUCUUCACAAAGGAAAAAACAAAGGCAAGAGGUGGACGACCCAUACGAUGAGGAGGAUUAUGGUCAGGCCGGACCCAGUGUCUCUAAUGACUAUGGACAGCGCAAAAAGCAAAGGAAAGAAGCCGAUAACUCACACGCAGACAGUGACCAUGAGAAUUCAGUGUCCUUCGCUUCUUCUCAGCGUGUCAGUGCAUCUCAGUCAGGCACAGGUGACGUUGGGAUCAUUGAAUCCAUCUUUCUGAGAAACUUCAUGUGUCAUUCAAUGCUGGGACCUUUUCGCUUUGGACCGAAUGUUAACUUUGUUAUAGGAAAUAAUGGGAGUGGCAAAAGUGCGGUAUUGACGGCUCUCAUUGUGGGCUUGGGUGGAAAAGCCGCCAUUACCAACAGAGGAUCAUCAAUAAAGGGGUUUGUCAAGGAAGGACAAACGUUUGCAGAGAUCUCUAUUACAUUACGAAACAGAGGGCAAGAUGCCUACAAGCCCGAUGUAUUUGGAAACUCUAUAACAGUUCAGCAGCGACUAACUACCGACGGCAGUCGCACAUACAAGCUAAAAAGUGCUACAGGUGCUGUAGUUUCUAACAAGAAAGAGGAGCUUACAGCAAUUCUUGAUCAUUUCAAUAUACAGGUAGAUAACCCAGUGUCUGUUCUAACUCAAGAGAUGAGUAAACAUUUCCUUCAGUCUAAGAAUGAAUCGGACAAGUAUAAGUUCUUCAUGAAAGCAACACAGCUGGAGCAGAUGAAGGAAGAUUACUCCUACAUCAUGGAAACAAAGUCCAGGACUCACGAUCAAGUCGAAAAUGGUGGUGAGCGACUUCGUGACCUGCGGCAGGAGUGCAUACAAAAAGAGGAGAGGUUUAAGAGUAUUGCCUCACUGGGAGAGAUGAAGGAAAAAUUGGAAGAUCUAAAGAAUAAAAUGGCAUGGGCCCUGGUAACUGAGUCAGAGAAACAGAUUAAACCAUUUAUAGAGCAAAUUUCUACUGAAGAAGGACGUACAGUGAAGUAUGAACAGAAGAUAGAAGAAUGCCAGGGCAAAGUAAUCAAUGCUGAAGAGAAGUUCCGGGCUAAACAAGAGGAGCUUGAUAAGAUCACGCAGGAAGCUGUAGCGCUCAAGCCCCAGGGCAUUGGUCUAAAAGAGGAUGUGCAAAAGAAAAGGAAAUCCUAUAACGAGUCAGAGGUUUUGUAUAACAGACAUAGAAUGGAAUUAAAACGUUUAGAAAGAGAUGCAGAGCAACUCCACAAACGUAUUGAGGAGCUUAAAAAAAGUGCUGAUAAUGAUUCUGAGAGUGAAAAAAUGGCACGGCAAAAAGAGAUAAACCAAAUAAGGGAGAGGAUGAAAGCGCUUCAUGAUAAAGACAUUACCACCAAUCAACAAAUUCAUCAGUUUCAGCAGGCGAUUGAGAAAUAUAAGGAAGAGCGGGCCAGAAUUGGAAAUGAAGAGCGGAAUAUAAAACAAAGGCUGGAACAGCACAAGCGACAGCUGAAGGAGCUACAUGAGAGUAAGACGGACCGGUUAAAGAGAUUUGGGCAAAAUAUGCCGGCCCUUCUGGCUGCAAUUGAUGAGGCUGAUAAACUUGGCCGCUUUAGAAAGAAGCCUGUUGGACCUUUGGGUGCCUGCAUCCAUCUGAAAGACCAAGAGCUGGCACUUGCAGUUGAGUCUUGUCUUAAAGGACUCAUGUUUGCCUUUUGUUGUGAUAAUCACCAGGAUGAACGAAUGCUGCAAAAUAUAAUGUCAAGAGAAUAUCCACGAGGCAGAAGACCACAAAUUAUUGUCAACGAGUUUAUCGAUCAUGUCUAUGAUGUUAGGCAAAGAGCCACAUUUCAUCCAGAUCAUCCAACUGUGCUGACUGCAUUGGAAAUCGACCAUCCCGUAGUUACAAAUUGCCUGAUUGAUAUGAGAGGCAUUGAGACGAUAUUAAUAAUUAAGGGUAAGGACGAAGCAAGAGAAAUAAUGCAAAAAAGGGCUCCUCCCAGAAACUGCCGUGAGGCCUUUACAGGUGAAGGUGACCAGGUGUAUACAAACCGUUACUAUUCAUCUGACAGUCGCAGGGCUACUCUCUUGAGUCGAGAUGUUGAAGCAGAAAUAAGUCAUUUGGAGAAAGAGCUUAGAAACUUUGGAUCCCAGAUGGCUACGUUCCAGCAGCGUGCGCAGUCUGUAGAUAAAGACAUUAAGGAAAAUGAAGGCAUUCUGCGCCAGUAUCAUAACUCCAAGAAACAAAUACAGAUAGACCACCGCCCAUUGUUGGAACGUAUAUCAGAACUGGAGAAUGUGGAAGAGCAGCCUUCCAUAGACAUCGCCACGCUGGAGGGUGAAGCAGAGGAAAACUUGAAUAAAAUAGAACUUGUUAAACAAGAGGUAGAACUGGCAAAGGAGAAAAUGGGGAAUUUGAAAUCAUUUCUAACAACGGCGGAGAUUAAUUAUGAGGAAAUAAAGAAGAAAAUCAGCUCAGUGGCAGAGGUGGCUGAACCGGUGAAGGAAGACCUUCACAGAGUUGAUCAAGAAGUGGAGAACUGCAAACGACAUAGAAAGCACUAUGAGGAAAAACUGAAGGAGCACUUAGACCGCAUCCAAAAACGAAAGGAAGAAGUAGCAGCCAAAGAACAAGAGUUGGAGGUGAAAAUCUCCCAGGCCAAAUGUAUCUGCCCAGAGCGAAUAGAAGUCAGUAGAACUGCUAGAAGCCUAGACACCGAAAUUAACCGGUUAAGAGAGAAAAUAAACUCUGAAGAAGUUCUCCAUGGAAACAGAGAGGAAAUAAUAAAGCAAUACCAUGAAGCAAAAGAAAGGUAUCAAGAUGUGGAAGGCAAAGUCAAGCACCUGAAGAGGUUUAUCAAAUUGUUAGACGAAAUUAUGGCCCAGAGGUACAAGAGUUACCAGCAGUUUCGGAGGUGCCUUACUUUCCGGUGCAAGAUUUACUUUGACUCAUUGCUAUCACAGAGGGCCUACUCUGGCAAGAUAAACUUCGACCAUAAGAAUGAGACUCUCUCAAUAACGGUCCAACCAGGAGAAGGGAACAAGGCAGCACUAAGUGAUAUGAGAUCUCUGUCUGGGGGAGAGCGAUCAUUCUCCACUGUGUGUUUUAUCCUCUCUCUCUGGUCAAUUGCAGAGUCUCCCUUCAGGUGUUUGGAUGAGUUUGACGUCUACAUGGACAUGGUCAACAGAAGGAUAUCAAUGGAUAUGAUGCUGUCCAUGGCAGAUUCACAGAGGUUUCGGCAGUUUAUUUUACUGACUCCACAGAAUAUGAGCUCCUUACCUUCGACCAGCCUCGUCAGAAUUCUUCGAAUGAAAGAUCCUGAAAGGGGACAAACAACACUGCCUUUCCAGCCGUUAAACCAAGAGGCCGAAGACGAGGAAUAAACCGGCCCCGCUGACCGGACCUCCUGCUCUACUGGAAUGAAAAUGAGGCACUCCUUCCAAUUGUUUAGAAGAGGAGACAGGGGGUUAAUUAUAAUGCCAACCAUUAGGGUUCUUUUUAUCACAGGCAUAAAUCUAUGGCUAAGGGUACGGCAGAUUCAGGGAGAUUAGCCGCCCGGGGACAAAUCGCCUCUUCUUCGGGUGACUAUCCCCGAACUGCCUUCUCCUACCUUCCCGCCGGCAGGCAACUUCGGACGACUUCAGGAAAACGAAGUGCCUCGAGUGCCAUACCGCUGGCGAUUUUUCAUUAUAGCCGGAGGGAAGGUAGUGGAAGGCAGUUGGGGAGAUUGUCGCACCAAAGAAGAGGUGACAAACAUAGUCCAUGAAUCAAUAAUCUGAAAUUCAGAUAAAAAUGUGUAAAAUAUAAAUCUAUGGUUCAGAUAAGAAUAAAAUAAUACGUAUUUCAUGCAGCAAUAUGAACAACAUGAUAUGACUCUCCGUUAAAAAGACCCCCCAGGUGGCCAUGAUCGCAAAAUGGAAAUAGACUGACGAAGACCAAAGUAGAAACAUUUGAGCUGCAGCUGGUUAUCCAGAUCUUUUUCUGUCUGAAAGCUCCACCAGCUGAUGUGCUAUAUCUUUCAGAGCCAGGCCUGCUACCCGCAAUAAAAUUCGAAUGGCUUUUCAUUCAUUCACACACAUUAAUUGUCUGACACAAGAAAUUAUAAUUAUUCACGUUGACCCAUAUUUAACACUAUUGCUCAGCCCUUUCUCUAUUUAAUUUGAAAAUGUUUCCUAGUUCCUUUUACAUUCGACUGAUAUUUGUGCAUUAUUCUGUCACUGGAAGUUGGAAUUCGGUGAUUUCACAUUUGAAGGUUGGCUCAUUGUGCCUUUACGUUGCAUUCAGUGAAAUGUUUAUUUUAAGGACCAAUGGGGUGCCAUUUUGUUGCUCUUUUCUAAGAAUAGGGUCAGUCUGGGCUAAGAGGUAAGUAGGGAUGCACAGAAUCUACUAUUUUGGAUUCGGCCGAACCCCCGAAUCAUUCGUGAAAGAUUAGACCGAAUCCUAAUUUGAAUAUGCAAAUUAAGGGUGGGAAGGGGAAAACAUUUUCUACUUUGUUUUGUGACAAAAAGUCAUAAGAUUUCCUUCCCCAUCCCUAAAUUGCAUAUGCAAAUUAGGGUUCGGCCGGGCAGAAGGGUUCAGAAUCCUGCUGAAAAAUGGCUGAAUCCUGGAUUCGGUGCAUCCCUAGAGGUAAGUAAUUAGUAAUACUUGUGGGGUGGAGGGGGUCUGACAAAUUGGAACCCCCCAGUGACUGGCUUUCUUUGUUUCUUUGGGGUGUGUUUGUUCACUUGUAAUUUCACUUCUUUGUUAUAUAAAGAAUGUUAUGUAAUUCUUCACACCAUUUGGAACACUUGAGUGUAGAACAUUGUACAGCUCUUGUAACCCAUGCCAUCCAAUCAGAAGUUUGGAUUCAUUCCUGAGUUUCUUAUAAACCAGGGAUUUGCUAACUGCUGAUUGGUUGCUCUGACUUACUAGACCUCGAACCAACAACUCUUUGUUUUGAUCCAUAAUUUGUAAGCCUUAUUAUAUUCUAGCUUUCUUCUAAUAUUUUGUCAUUCUAAUAUAAAGGUUGAAUGUUUAAA